CUCAUCCAGCCCAGUCCACGGCGUCUAUAUAUACACACAUCCAUCCACGGCUCCACGCAGCCUCUUGGACACACAGCACAUACACCAACCACCACCGCCUCCUCCUCCCUCUCUCCAAGAACACCCGAGGUGACGUCCGCCUCCGCCCAACUAUCCUUACUCCGAUCAGGUGGGUUACAAUCGAAUGCAUGUGCUCUUGUGUGAUGUUCUUUGCAUGCAUGCCCGAGAAUCGGAAGGUUUUUGGCUAUCAUGGCGAUUCCUGGAGCUGAGAGCCUGAAAAUUGAAAUGUGGGUGCAUGUGCCGUUAGCGCCGCGCAUGGAUCGGCGGGGGGACAGGAAGCGCGCGCGGGAGGGGGAGCAGGAGGCGCCGGCGCCGGGGAGGACGAAGGGGCUGCAGGCGGAGGACGCGGCGGUGGUGGCCUUGUUCGAGGAGGCGGCCGCCGCCGCGGCGGCGCUCACGCUGGCGGACGGCGGUGAGGGCGCGUGGCAGCGCCCCGCGGGGGUGUUCGAUCUCCCGUGGCAGAAGUGCGGCGGCGGGCUCGGCGACGGGGCCGCGUCCGCCGUGGGCGGCGGCCCCGGGUGGGAGCUCCGCGACGUGUUCUACCGGUCGCUCGUGGACGGGGGCGCGGCGGCGAUCGGGGUGCCCGGCGACCGCCUCUCCCCGCCGCCCAGCAAGCAGGCGCUCUUCGACGACGUGGACGCGUGGCUCGCCGCGGCCGGCGACGGCGAGGUGGACCCGCUCUGGCGCUCCGUGCUCGAGGGGCCCAGGCCCGCCGCGUGACGGGCAACGUGCCGAGUCGCCAGGUGCCGCGGGCCCCACCUGGCGGUGAGGGACAGGGAGGGAUGCUAGAAGCGAUAGAUGGCGACGCGGAUACAGUUGAACGAGAAAGCAAUAGUUUUUGUUGUUUCCUCGCUUUCUGUGAUACAAUUUCGAAUUUAGAAUUUUAGUUUUC